ACGUCACCGUGUGUUGACGUGUCUUCCCGGUCCUCUCCCAGCUCUCCCAGCUAGCCGACUCUCAGUCACAGCGAACAGCUCCAGCGAACCUCUGACAGCAGACUAACUUUACGGGCACACAAAGUUGUAAACAUGGCGGCUGACUGGGAGGAAAUUCGCCGGCUCGCCGCGGACUUCCAGAGAGCGCAGUUUGCUGACACAGUGCAAAGGCUGUCGGAGAGGAAUUGUAUUGAGAUCAUUGCGAAACUGGUGCAGGAGAGGAAGCUGGAUGUGGUGCACACGCUCGAUGGAAAGGAGUACAUCACCCCGGCUCAGAUCAGCAGGGAGAUCCGAGAUGAGCUGUACGUGCACGGAGGGCGAAUCAACAUCGUCGACCUCCAGCAGAUUCUCAACGUGGACUGGGUCCACGUUGAAAACAGAGCAAGUGACAUCGUAAGGUCCGAUAAAGGGGUUCAGCUUGUGCUGGGACAACUUAUUGAUGGCUCGUACCUGGACCGUUUAGCCGAGGAGGUGAAUGACAAACUGCAGGAGGCUGGUCUCAUCAGUAUUGCAGAACUGUGCAAAAGCUACGACCUUCCCGGAGAUUUCUUAAACGAGGAGUUGUCGAAGCGCCUCGGGAAGCUUAUCCAAGGAGAGAUGGACCAGUACAACAGGGGAGUCAUAUUCACGCCAGCUUUUGUUGCUCGACACAAAGCCAGGAUACGAGGGCUCUUUAGUGCCAUCACAAGGCCGACAUCCGUCAGCAGCUUGAUCGGAGCAUUUGGAUUUCAAGAACAUCUCCUGUACUCUGUCCUGGAGGAGUUGGUGAAUACUGGACGUCUGAAAGGAUGUGUGGUCGGAGGGCGACAGGACAAAGCUGUGUACAUCCCCGAUAUUUACGCCAAAACGCAGAAUGCCUGGGUGGAUUCUUUCCUCCAGCAGAAUGGAUAUUUAGAGUUCGACGCGUUGGUGAGGCUGGGGAUCCCAGACCCCUCCAGCUACAUCAAGAAACGCUUCAAGUCCAACAAGCUGCUGUUCCUCAGGGCGGCCUGUGUGGGUCAGGGCCUGGUCGACCAGGUGGAGGCGUCUGUUGAGGAAGCUGUCAGCUCAGCCACAUGGACUGACAUACAGCCGAUUCUGCCCAGCUGCCUGUCUAUGGAGGACGUCGGGAUUUUGAUCAACCAGGCUAUGAGGAACACUGAAAUCCAGUCCUCUGCCAGACUGCUGGGAGGCACAGUCGUCGUCAGUGAGAAGUUCAUCACCAACUGUCUGUCGUUAUUCGAUGAAGCCAUGCAGCAGAAAGCUCAGAAGGAAAUCAAGAACAAUCCAGUGUUUCUGAUAACUGAGGAUGAUUUAAAGCAGGCGUCCAUGCUGUCAGACGGCACAGCAACUACUAAAAAGGAAAAGAGAGAAGCUGAACGCAGGAAGAAAGCUUCAGAGGGCAGCGGCUGCGUGAAGGCAGGCGGAGGAGGCAACGCCAGAGAAAUCCGGAUCCGUAAAACCAAGAAGAAAGGCAGGAGAGAUGAGGACAGUGAUGAGGAAACCGGACCUUCACAGCAAAAUCGUAGCAGACAGACUGAAGCCCCCUUCAUGGCCCAGGAGGAGAUUGUGGCUGCUUUAGAGGAGAGAGUGAGUGACUGCCCUGAAGAGAUCCUCUCUGAGCUGGCAGAGCAUAUAGUGAGGCCUCUGACUAAAGCCUAUCAGGAGGUGCUGCGCGCAGUCUUCAUGUCCUCCACCAGCUCCCCGUCGGGGGCCAGCAAGAAGAAGAGCAUGAAGGACCUGCAGGAAGAGAUCACCAACCUGUACAACAACGUCCGACUCUUUGAGAAGGGCACCAAGUUCUUCUCUGAUGAGACCCAGGUCCAGAUUGCCAAGCAUGUCCUGAAGACCGUGUGCACAGACGUCACCAACAUCCUGGUGAAUUCCCUGGCUGCCGACCUGAUGAUGUCUGUAGAGAACCCGAGCUCCAUCACCAACGAGAUCCGAGUGAAGAUUUUGGGAAAACUGUGCGAGGAGACCAAAGGGCCUCUUAUGAAGCUGCACAACUGCCUGAAUGGCAAAACAAUUGAAGACUUCCUGACCAACAUAGAGAACUGUGCCGAAGUGUGCGGAUUUCUGCUGAAGAAGGGAGACAAAAAAAAGGAGAGACAGGCCCUGUUCCUGCACCGCCAGGCUCUCACCGAGCAGCUGAAGGAGACGGAGGACCCGGCGCUGGUUCUCCACCUGACCAGCGUGCUGCUGUUUCAGGCCAGCACCAGCAGCAUGCUGCACGCUCCGGGACGCUGCGUGCCCCAGAUCAUCGGCACGCUCACCGGCCGAAUACCUCCAGAGCAGCAGCAGCUGCUAUCGGCCUUUCAGAGCAUGGUGGUGAAGCAGCUGGUGAGCCAGAGUCAGGCCAAGAAGCAGCAGGAGGCCGAGGGCGACAGGGCGCACGAGCAGGACGAGGAGGCGCGGAGCGUCCGCUCCCAACUCAUGGCUCUGACGCCUCAGGUGAAGGAGUUGGUGCUGUCCCAGAAGAAGACGUCUCUCACCGAGGACUGAACAUUUCAAACAGGAGAGAAGUGAAUGUGCGAACUGAUCUAUGAUGAAGGUUUUUAAGGUCUUAAAUGUUCGGAUAAAUAAUUCCAAGACUCCUGCAUCAGUUGUCAAUACUGUAUUUUUGUGAUUUAUCCAUGUGGACAUAAUUCUAAAUUAUUGAAGGGAAUUUCUGUGUGAGAUGUCCCACUGUAAAACCCAAUUAGCAUGAAUGAUUUACAUACAUUAAUUAAAGGUUCAUCCCCUCCUCA